AACCUAAACUGUCAACGUCAAACGAUCAACUCGAAAUAUCCAGUUUAAAAACGUCGCUUGAACCAAUAACAUGUAAUUUUCCUCAAAUUUCAAUUGAAAUGGCCGCGGACGAUAAAUUAUUCUUCCACAAAACCGUGCAGCAUCUCGCUAGAUCAUUAUCUUGCGUAAAAAACGUCCCUUGGGAACGCGUGAAUACGUUAUUUUCGCUAUGCCCCAAAGAAACGGCGAACGGAGUUUUUCGAUUAACCCAACGAGAUCAGGACGCGGUAAUCGCUUUGGGGAUUUAUUUUCUGGAAUCGAGGUUUCAACACCAGGAUAAAAUCCUACCGUAUUUCUUAAAAGUCGCUCGAGGACUCGGUAAAGCUGUUUGGGUUGAAGAACGACGAGUACACGUGCAAGAUCGUAUUCCGGUUUCUGAGAAAUUCAGUUUUUGUCUACACACUUUAUUAUCGGAUAUCGCAACUCGUUUGGAUGAUUCGAGAGAAGAAAUAAUCUCCCUUCAAGUGGAAUGUUUCGCGAAUUUAACCGAAUCGCUCUUAACGUUGCAAUCCCACGGGACAUCUUCGAGUCAAAAGUUUUUUUUGUGUCGGGGUACGAUCCCGGUUUUUAUCGGAUUAACCCGAGCUUUGGGGAGGUUCUGCCCUAACGAUCCCCCAUUGGUAUGUCGGUUAUUCCCAAAGCCGGUUCCCCCGAUAAUCCAAAAUCAAGAAAACAUCGAUAAAACGCAUUUUCAAAAAAGUUUUAGCAAUUUUCGGUCGAUUAUCCCGAGAAGUUUAUCUGGAAAUUUAUCCGUUAGCAUUGAUAUUUUAUCGAUGAAUCAAGGUUCUUUCGACACGAUUGACACAUCAAAAUUCCAAAACCAACAAUCGACGUCGGAUCCAACCGGAAAUUACGAUUUCACAACCCAUUUUUUUCAAAAAUUCGGCUCAAGUUUUAACCAAUUUCAAAAUAUGCGAUUUUGUGAGAACUCGGAUAACCAAAACUUAUUAUUCUCGUUACAUAACCUCCAAACGAUUUUAUCGUUGGCUAAAAAGCUGUUAACGAAAGAUAUGUUAAACAUAAUCGACGAUCAAUCUUUAGAGAUUUACUCGACGGGAAAAAUCGCAACUUUUCCCUAUAAAACGUUCUCAGAAACGAUCAAUUUAGUCGUUGUAACUUUAUUGAGGGAGUUACUCCAACCGCAAAAAGAUUUACCAAUUCCGUUUACCAAAGAUGUCCAGGAAUUUGUGAAGGGAUUAUUUUUAAACGGACAAACUGAGUUGCAAAGUCGCCAACAUGAUGCGAGCGAACGCGAGGAUCGUGAAAGCAAUUAUGUGCUUGUUAAUAAGUUUAAGGUUAAUGUUAUGGCGAAUGCUGCGUGUGUUGAUUUGUUGGUUUGGGCUAUUGGAGAUGAAACUGGUGCUGAUAGUUUAUGUAGCCGUUUAACCGAGAAAAUCAACUCAAAUCACGGCCAUAAACUCCUUUUGGCUCAUAUGCCAUUAUUGAUGGUGUGUUUGGAAGGUUUAGGAAAAUUGGCGCAAAAAUUUCCCAACAUAGCAUCAACCUCGAUUUAUUAUCUAAGAGAUUUUUUGAUUACCCCAUCACCCAUCUUAUUUAAACUCCAUCAACAAGCCACCGAAAAGAAUAAGGACCAAUUGAGAAUAACCAGCCCAUCUUUGCAUCCUAAUAACUUAACGGAUGAGAAACGCCAUCAUAAUUCAACUUCGGAAGCUGCGUUUGAAAAGCUUCGCGAUGCUGCCAUCGAAAAUUUAUGCUACGCUUUAUACUCAGCCCACAGUUUGGACCCUGAUUGUGUACGAGCUUUAGUUGCGAGCGUUUCAAAUCGGUUAUUUACUGCAGAAAAAAGCGACAGCGAAUCAACUUUGAUAUCAACGAACAUCGUUUAUAUGUUGGGGCAUGUUGCUGUUUCAAUGAAAGGUACCCCAAAAACCACCGAAACAAUCCUACAAUUUUUCCAACAACGUUUUUGUCGCGUCCCAUCAUCUUUAGACACCUUAAUCGUUGACCAAUUAGGCUGCAUGGUGAUCGCGCAAUGCGAACCUCACAUUUACGACGUCGUCAUGAAAAUGUUUAACAUGAUCGCCGUUGACAGCAGCAACGCAGCUUACGGGAACAACCCCAACGAUAAAGCGCAAUACGGUCACGUUUCAAGAGCCGUAAUAAACGCGUUCGCAAACAUCGCCGCUAACAUAAAACCAGAAAGUUUACACGGACUUUUAGUAUCAUUAUUAGAACUAUUCGUUCAAUUGGGGUUAGAAGGAAAACGAGCCAGCGAGAGAUCUCCGGGUGCGAUGAAAGCUUCGAGUUCCGCGGGAAAUUUGGGCGUUUUAAUCCCCGUUAUUGCGGUUCUUUUACGGCGAUUACCCCCGAUUAAAAAUCCAAAAGCGAGGUUACACAAAUUAUUUAGGGAUUUUUGGUUGUAUUGCGUCAUCAUGGGAUUUACAUCCCCCGAUUUCGGGUUGUGGCCGCAAGAAUGGUACGAAGGGGUCAAAGAGAUCGCGGUUAAAUCGCCCCCUUUGAUUUCGCAAUCAUCGAAUCGCUCCGAAUUAAGAGAGCUUCAAUACACGAGCGCUGUCAGAAAUGAAAGCGUUUCGGUUAAUGAGUUACAAGAUUUGCGCUUACAAGUUUUGGAGUUAUUAAAAGGAGCUUCUGAUGUUUCAUCUUACGUUAAUAAAUUGUCUUUUGCGCAAUUAACUUUUCUUUUAAGCGUUUAUUGGGUUGAAACUUUAAGAGUUGGUAAUUCUGUCGAACCUAAUCUCCAAACAAUAAUCGUCGAUUAUUUAAGCGACUCCGCGCUACAAAAAGAUAAAUCGGGUAUGUGGAAUUGCGUUUCUUCCGUUGGGGAGAAAGUUUUUGAUCGAUUCCUUCAAGUAAUGAAAAAUAAGCCUCGCGAUGAACACCGCGAAGCCGAUUUAGAAGAGCACGCCCAAUUCCUUUUGGUUAACUUCAAUAACCCCCAAAAGCAAAUCCGUAGAGUUGCGGAUAAAUUCUUAUCUCUCCUCGUCGAUAAAUUCCCACAUUUGUUAUGGAAUCGGCGAGUUUUAUGGACGACUUUAGACAUACUACAGGUGUUAUCGUACUCGUUGCAAUUAGAUCCGAAUCAAGAGACUCCAACGUUACGGAUUCCAUCGACUCCUUAUUCGAUACAAUUAAUGGACACUUUGGAGGCUCGCGAAGCGAUCGUUAAAGAUUUCGCCUCAAACGCGGAGCGUAUUUUGAAGGAAGCGGUUACUUGGGAACCGCGUUGGACGAGGUCGCAUAUUCAAGAAUACUUAAAUCAGAUUCCAACUUCGUGUUGGACCCAUUCUGGGUUAGCUUUAGCGUUGGAGUCGGUUUUGCAAUAUGGGCCAAAUAAUUUUACGAAUUUAGCGUUAAGUUUUAGUAUGUUGGAGAAGAGGCCAAGGUGUGUUAAAACCGAUGCGUCAAGAUUCGCAACUGUACUUAAUUUGCGAUCGAAGUAUAGCGGGGAGUUAGCGGGAUUAUUAGCCGUUUACGCUGAACAAGGCGAUAACUCAUUAACGGAAAAAUUAAUAAGCAACGUUUGGAAAGCUUGCGAAGACCGAUCCGACUCAAAACAUCGAGACGCUUUAUGGAGAGCCACCGCAAUGCUGAUUCAUUCCCCAGAUUUAAACAGGAAGUUAUUGCAUUGCAUUGCAAGCUCACAAUUACAAUUAUUUACGCAAGAAGCAAUGUGCUCAGCGGUUGAGUGUUGGCAGUGGUUAAUAACUGCUAAACCGCAAUUACAAGUAAGAUUUUUGCAAGAAAUGGCGUCAGCUUGGUAUUACACGGUCCAAAGGAGAAUGGGGUUAUUUUCGGAAUCUCCCCCGCAAACUAGUCCGUUAGCAAACCACGAAGGGGGGCGUUUAGAACCAAACCCCCCCUUUGUAAAGCCCCACUCAAUUUGGGUUUACUUCAUAAGCGAACUCGUCGAAACCGCCAAAUAUAAUAGUUACGAAAUCGUUGAGAUUUUAGCCUCGUUAAUCCACCGAUCUUUAACGAUGAAUGUAGGAGCUAAAGAACCGAAUAUAACUCGAGAUGUCUCAGCUGUUGGAGUUCGAUUUAAGCUCCUACAAUGUGGUUUAUCACUAUUACAAGGCGAUAUUUUACCCAAAAGUUUAGCAAAAAACGUUUUAAGAGAACGCAUUUAUUGUUGUUGCUUGGAUUAUUUUUGCAGACCUCUAAGGUGCCCCACCCAAAAUUUUAACGAUUUACGCGACGAUAUCACCGUUUUAGUGCGUUUUUGGCAAACGAUGCACUCCGAUAAGAAAUAUUUGAAAGCAAGCGACGUCGGUGAUUUAGAUUUGGGCCCUCCCACUCCUUUAACGACGAUUCAAAGCUCCACGGAGUUCCCAAAGUCCGAUUUUACACGAACCGGUACCGGUUGGAUUAACACGGUUCCAUCGUCGGCAAGCACCGCAACUUUGAGUAAACGCUCCACGAAAUCAAAACGGGUCCAAAUGGCCGAUAAUUUCGUUAGGUGUUAUAUUAAAAAAAGAAAUUUUAUUUUGGAGUUGUUGGCGGUUGAAAUCGAUUUUUUGAUCGUUUGGCAUAAUCCGAGCUCGCGACCUGAAUAUAUUAUACCGGGUGAGGAGAAUUUAGCGGCUUGGAGGGCGAAAACUAUUACGGAUAAGCAAUGGAAGGAUUAUACGAGAUUAGCGUGGGAUAUCUCACCGAUUUUAGCUGUUUAUUUACCCGAUAGAUUAAAAGCUCACGAUGCUUUAAUAAGCGAAGUUAAACACUUGGUGCAACAAAACCCAAUGAGUGUCUCUCAUAUUCCGGAUGCUCUCCAAUAUUUAGCCACAACUGAUAACAUCUUAAACGAUAGUGUUAAAUUGGUGUAUAUGUUAACGUGGGCGGAAGUUUCACCCAUUCAAGCUUUGGCAUUCUUCAGUAGGCAAUAUCCGCCACAUCCAAUAACAGCUCAAUACGCAGUUAGGGCUUUAUCUUCGUAUCCAGCGGAAGCUGUGCUAUUUUAUAUUCCCCAAUUGGUGCAGGCUUUAAGACACGACACUAUGGGUUAUGUAACGGAAUACAUCAAAUAUGUGGCGCAAAAAUCGCAAAUUGUCGCUCACCAAUUAAUUUGGAACAUGAAAACUAAUAUGUUUACAGAUGAAGAAAUGCAACAAAAAGAUGUCGAUUUAUUUGAUAUCUUGGAAGCUCAAGUAGCAUCAAUAAUCUCAUCACUUUCCGGUCCGGCUAAGCAAUUUUACGAACGCGAAUUCGAGUUUUUCGCCAAAGUAACGGAUAUUAGCGGCCAGAUACGACCAUAUCCGAAAGGAGCCGAGCGAAAAGCGGCUUGUCUUGAAGCUCUCAGUAAAAUUAAAGUAACUCCCGGAUGUUAUUUACCAAGUAACCCAGAAGCUAUGGUCGUCGACAUCGAUUAUAAAAGCGGAACUCCGAUGCAAAGUGCAGCGAAAGCGCCGUAUUUGGCGCGAUUUAAAGUGGCCAAAUGUGGAAUUAACGAAUUGGAAAAUAUCGCAAUGCAAAUUUCAAAUAAUCAAACGCAAGCGAUUCCUUUGGGGCAAGAAACUUGGCAAGCUGCCAUUUUUAAGGUCGGAGAUGAUGUUAGGCAAGAUAUGCUUGCGUUGCAAGUUAUUGGAAUUUUUAAAAAUGUUUUUCAAACUGUUGGGUUGGAUUUGUAUCUAUUUCCUUAUCGAGUUGUAGCUACAGCUCCAGGGUGUGGUGUAAUUGAAUGCGUUCCAAACGCAAAAUCGCGCGACCAACUCGGUCGCCAAACCGAUUUUGGGAUGUACGAGUAUUUCCAAAAAACUUAUGGAGAUGAAAGCUCCCAAGAAUUUCAGCAAGCGCGAAGAAAUUUCGUUAUCUCAAUGGCUGCUUAUAGCGUUAUUGGGUUUUUAUUACAAAUUAAAGACCGCCAUAAUGGCAAUAUAAUGUUAGACACUGAUGGUCAUAUCAUACAUAUCGAUUUUGGGUUCAUGUUUGAAUCAUCUCCUGGUGGAAAUUUAGGUUUUGAACCGGAUAUUAAAUUAACUGACGAAAUGGUUAUGAUUAUGGGGGGGAAAAUGGAAGCACCGCCGUUUAGAUGGUUUUGUGAACUGUGUAUUCAAGCUUAUUUAGCCGUUCGGCCGUAUCGAGAAGCGAUUGUGUCGCUGGUUUCGUUGAUGUUAGAUACAGGAUUACCAUGUUUCCGAGGCCAAACAAUCAAGUUAUUAAGGGCUCGUUUUGCCCCAAAUGUUACGGAUAAAGAAGCCGCUGCUUAUAUGUUGUCGAUUAUAAGAAAUAGUUUCUUAAACUUCCGUACUCGUACUUACGAUAUGAUUCAGUAUUAUCAAAACCAAAUUCCUUAUUAAAAAAUGUUAGAAAUCGUUAAGGAAAAAUGAAUUAGAGUGAGAUUUUUAUUUUUUUACCAAAUAUUUAAUUUUCUUAAGUUGGUGCAAUGAGUUUUUGAGGUUAUGUUCCAGUUUGUUGUUAAUGAUAUGGAUGUGGUAUUAUUUUUAGAUGUUAAUUUAAACAAAUAUAUUAUUUUAUGAAAAUA